CCCAGCUCGGCUGUCGAGAGACCGCAGGAAAAUUCCAAGAGUCGACACAAACAAAAAGCCAAAUACGAAGGCAAGCCAAGUUCUCAAGCCACAAGAGCCCGGGCCGUGGCGUCCUUCCUGUCACGGGCCAAGUGCCGAAGGCAACGCUGGUGAGGACCACCCGGUCUCUUGACAGGGCAUCACUGUUUCCCAAGAUGGCUCAAGAUUCUGUGCUUGCUUCUGAAUGUCAAUUUUGGCUGAAGAAGCUUUCUAUGUGGGAACAGGCCUCCUCCACUCUAGAAACUCAACAAGACACCUGUUUUCACCUGUCCCAGUUCCAGGAGUUCCUGAAGCAAAUGUAUGACUCUUUGAAAGAGAUGGAUUUUAAUAUAAUCAUGGAAAGAUACCCCCAAAUUGGUCAUCUGUUAGCCAAAACUUGCCGGAAUCCUUUUAUCUUAGCAUAUGAUGAAAGUCAAAAAUAUCUAAUAUGGUGCUUAUGUUGUCUGAUUAAAAAAGAGCCACAGAAUUCUAGAGAAUCUGAACUUAACUUCUGGAUACGGGGUUUGUUAUGUCAGAUACUUUCAGCAUUCAGACUUGAUACAAAAGAAGUUGGUUUUUUCACUAAAAGUCUUGGAUAUGAGCCUAUAGAUUACUAUCCCGGAUUGCUUAAAAAUAUGGUUUUAUCAUUAGUGUCUGAACUCAGAGAGAAUCAUCUUAACGGAUUUAACACUCAAAGUCGAAUGGCUCCUGACCGAAUGACAUCUCUGUCACAAGUUUGUGUCCCACUUGUUACUCUGCCUGAUUUUGAACCCUUGGUGGAGGCCCUGCUCACUUACCAUGGACACGAACCUCAGGAAAUCCUCCGGCCUGAGUUCUUUGAAGCUGUAAAUGAGGCCUUUUUGCAGAGGAAGAUUUCACUCCCUUUGUCAGCUAUAAUCACUCUGUGGCUUCGGCACCUUCCCAGUCUUGAAAAAGCAAUGCUACGUCUUUUUGAAAAGCUACUCUCCAGUGAGAGAAAUUGUCUGAGGAAGAUGGAAUGCUUUAUAAAAGACUCAUGGCUGCCUCAAGCAGCCUGUAACCCUGCCAUAUUCAGAAUUGUUGAUGAAAUGUUCAGGUUCGCACUCCUGGAAACAGAUGGAGCCCCAGAACUAGUAACCUCUCUGCAAGUGUUCACAAGAUGCUUUGCAGAAGCUCUGGAGAAAGAAAACAGAGAGCUGAAGUUUGCACUCAGGACCUACUUUCCCUAUGCUGCUCCAUCUCUCACUACCGUGGUGUUGCAGCAUCCUGAAGCUAUCCCACCAGAACACCAGCUCCAGCCUCUGCAGCGUAUUUCUGAGUUGCUCAGAGAAGCAGUUGAAGGCCAGAUUUGUGGGUCCCAAGGUUAUCCCUUUGAGAGCUGGUUUUUGCUUGCUCACUUUGGAGGAUGGAUUGACAUGGCAGCUCAGCAGUUACUGAGGUUGGAAGCUGAACCUCCUGCAGCCCUGCUGUGGCUCUUGGCAUUCUACUAUAGCCCCCAGGAUGGGAGGCAGCAGAGGGCACAGACCAUGAUAGAGCUAAAGGCUGUGCUGGACUACCUCCUGACACUGCUCUCAAGUGCCCCACUCUCUGCCAUGGAUCUCCAGGUGGCCUCUGUCCAGAGCAGCAACGAAGACUCCAGAUCACUGGUAUGUGGACAGCUGGUCAGAUGCCUCAUCCUGAACUUCCUGCUCUGGGCUCCAGAAUGCCAUGCAAUUGCCCAGGAAGCUAUCACCCUUAUGGCGCACAAUGAAGAGAUAACUCAAGAGAUUAUUGGCUUUCUUCACCAGACCUUGUACAGAUGGGAGCAUCUUGGCCAUGAAGCCCUGAGGUCAGGAAAGCUAGCCAGAGAGCUCCUUCAGCAUCUGCAAGCUCAAGUGUAGCAAGAAGCACGCUGCAUGAGGGUUUGCCAAGGCCAGGGACAGGGGAUGUGACACUGUGGAUGGCCACCAUGUGUAGAGUGAGGCCUUUGAGCUGUGAGUACGAGGCACACGUAUGUUGGAAUAUUCUGGUUGCACAUAUCUUACAGAAUGAGAGGUAUCUCAGCCCACUCAGCCAGAUCUGGUCGGUGAGCUCAGCUCUGCAGCUGUUCAGCCCAGCUCUAGUCAGAGAACUGUGAAGCAAAAGGCCUAAGUGGGAGGCAGGUUCAAUUUCCUUUUAACUCACAUCAAUCUUAGAGGCACCAUAUUUGAAUGAUUCAAAGUCUCUGAACCAAGAAAUUGGUCUUAAAGCACUGGACAGUUUAGAGAAUAACUUAGCCUAUGCCCACAAAUUAUUGUUCAGAAGGGAGGGAUCUGAGGUGAAGGCACACCAUCUUGGUUCCCUAAGGAAUUCAUUGCUCAAGUUUCUCUCAGGUUGAAGUAAGCAAGUGGCAAGUGGUGCUGGCCACCAAUGGAGAGAGAACAGCAGCUUUUAGUGAAAUACCAGGCCCAGAGCUUGAGGCUUUGCCUGCUGCAACCACAGACAGGGCUGACAGGCAGGGCAGAGGACAGGCUUGUUUGAUUAAGGUGAACUGGGAUCUGGAAAUUCUUAAGAAGGAAUCCGUCAUCCCGUGGUUGUUAUUCAUUCCACAUCAGUUAGGGGUUUUCUUCUCAGAUUCAUUCUUGUAUUGACCACAGAUUCUUUUGUUUGUCUGCCAUGUGAUUAAGACCUUUUUAUGUCCAUUCUGAUUUAUGUAUUGGGAGUCUUGAAAUCCUGGCUCCUGUUUGAAGUAUGAAUAAGGUUUAUGGGAAUAGAGGUUAACCUUUGGGGGAAUUACUAAUUUUGCUGGAUGGCAGUGCUAAUGGAUCUACUUGAUAAUCUGGAACAUUCCAAGAACUUUUGACCUAAGCCUUUCUUCUGAGAAACUUACAGUAUAAAGGCGUCCUUGUGGAUGCUCUGAUCACAGCCACCUUAGUCACUACUUCCUCGGGAGUGCACUUCAUCAGAAUGCUCUCCACUUGGAGAAGGAGGUUCCGUGCUUCACGUGGGAGUUGAGGAUGUUUCUUCUCCGGUUACCUUUGAACCAGGCAGUGGUUCCUUCAUUGAAACUGAUCAGCCUCUGUGGCCAUAAAAAAAAAAAAAGAGGCUCCAUUUGGGGAACAGCAAGGAUUCCCCAAAUGAGGAGGCACGAGUAAUUCCAUCUCCCUGGGGAAAUCUGGAGGCAUGGUAAUAUGCUGAUGCUAGAGUUCCCCAGCCCACCCAUCGGUCCUCCUCGCUUCUUUCACAGCAAAUGGCAAAAGUAAGACUGUUGCCAAGCUCAGAGCAGCUGUCUUCCCACUCUUGGGAGGCUGGCGGGGUGUUAUCUCAUCCUGACAUGGCCCCGGGCCUCUGGCUUGUGCGAACGCUCACUGUCUAUGAAGAUGUGAGUCCCGAGCAGCAGGUGCUGGCUUGUCUAUGGAUUCUUUCCCCCUUACUCUGUCCUGUCCUGCCCUGAAGAAAGUGCCAAGGAGGGGACAGUACUCAGAGGUCAGGAAAAGGCAAGCCACACAGGGUAAGGCUGCUUCAUACAGGCGAGACUCACCUCCAGAGGCCCCAGGCCUCUGUGCGCAGGCACAGCGAGCUGCAUGGAGGUGAAGGCCACCAUCCCUUCCACUGCAGUGGAGAAAACAGGUCUCUAGAAUUGGCAUGAAGGGGCCAUGGGAAGGUGACAAGACAUACUUUCCCCUGCUUCCUAGCCAGCUCACCCCUAACCACGCUUGAGAGCUUGAGAGAAGGCUGAAAAUUACAUAAUAAACUCUACCUUCUCUUGCAGUUGCCUUAGAUUUCUAGAAAAGUCUGGACACUUGAAUUCUUGCAGCUUUUUUUUUUGCAAGAAAUUCAAAUAAAUACACAAAUAACAGUCCAUGACCCAGGAAGGCCUCCCAGCUUCGCUCCUUCGUGUGGGCUUCCCAUAUGAGGCUGUCCACACACAGUACGCAGAUGAGCCAGGGCGCCUUUAGCUUCAGUUCCCAGAACGUCUACCACAUCUUUAGUGGUGGCCUUGGUUGCAGAAAGCCAGCUCAUUAGGCCACUUAGCAAAAAGGUAGCCGGGUUGGAGAUCUGGUUUUCUCUUGGCAUUGCAGAAGGUUCCGGACCUAUGCCCUCCUGACAGCAUCCAGAGACAAGGACAGAUGGUAGGCUCUCCUCGCCUGUCCACCAGCCCACCGACUUGCCCCACUUCACUGACAAACUGCUCAGAAGGAAGUGUGGCAAGAAUUUGUUCUGUUGUUGUUUUGGGUUGUUAUUGUUGUACAUAUAAAGUCAGGUUAUACCUAAUUUUGUAUUUAUCCAAUCCUAUAGUCUUUCUCUCAAAAACAAUAAAUACUUCCCUCUGCCUUGUAAGUUUAGAAGCUUCAGGUAUCACAAAAGCUAAACCUGGAAAGGCUCAGUUAUGGCUCAGCACGUGAGGAAGGCAUCUGAGUGCGCCGAGCCUCUUUGAGGAGUCCUGCUCCUAACUCUGCGGCUUGCACUAGCUCUCCACCCAUUUCCCUCUGGUGCAUCAGUGCCGGGAAGAAAUGGGAACUAGAAAAGGGAAAGGAGGAAGACAGGUUUUCCGUUGGAUGGAGUCAACCAGAGGCAGCUGGAGCCGCCGGGAGCCCUGGCAGUGAGCCUGGCCAAGAGCCACCACCCCUCAGUGCCGCACCAAGAUGAACCCGGAUUGGUGCAGGGUGAAUUAACCUGAGAAAUGACUUCUUAUAAGGAAUCCAAGACGAUUCUGCCUGCAUAGGAAGAAAGAGACUGUCUCCCUCAACCCAUCACCACCUCACCUCUCCCAGGGCACAGUAAUGGACAUUGUAUUUUAACAUGGAGUCUUUGGAUUUUAUUUAAAGAAUAAAAUUGCCAAAGAGACAGUUGCAUAUAUAGGAACUUAAUGGGCAGUGUGGUAGCAAAUGAGUUGGGCCUCAGGCAAAUAAACCUUCAAGAAUAAAGUGCCUGGCUUUUGCUUCCCAAGGCUGGCAUCUACAGGACGGGCCUGGGAAUGUGUGCUUUCCCCAGGGAAGGCGCUGCCAGAACUGCUCAUGAACUGAGGAGGGAGGGGAGGGGGUGAUAAGAAGGCUCUGGAAUGAUGGUAUGUUACUUGGAAAAAUAAAAGUGUAUAAAUAGAACUUCCCUAUUCACAAAAUGUAGAAUUCUCUGAUCUUUCAUUUAGAACUUCCAGCUCAUCUUUUGGUUUGCAUUCCAGCCCCUGCCUUCCCCCUCCCCUCCCUUGCAUACUCACAUCCCUGCCUGGGCCACAAGGUCAAGAUCCCAAAGGCCAUUGCUG